AUGCACCCAUUCUCGGUUCUCGCCAUCGGCAUCUUCAUAUCUGGUUAUAUUACCGCCCGUUGGGACCUUGUCACCCGCCUCUAUGAGCUUGCUAUUUUUGCCUGGGAAUACGGUGUAGUUGCGCGUGCAGCCCAGGGAUUCGCCCUUCUGACUACUAUUUUCUUUGGUAUCUUUGUUCCAGUCGCGCUGGUAGCACAGAAGGAGACGAAACUGACUGCGUGCGGGCGAUCGAUUGAGGGCCCGCCGUUUGAUAUGGUAGAGCAUGAUGGAUUGAUGAGAGUGUUCUGGCCGACCGACGUCCCUAAGUCCGAUCGUCCAGGGGUCGUUGUGGGAUGGAGAAACUCGAAUCUUGACGUGUUCGUUGUUGCGAUCUUAGACGACACUGAUCCUCGCAAUGUCGAAUUUCACCUCAAGGCCGGAACUCUCUUCCGGAAUUCACCAUACCCUCCUGCGCAUUUCUACGAGCUAUGCGGACACACAUCGAUGCACGUUCUCGGCGUCUCCAAUGUCAUCGAUCCCACAACCGCCGACCCUUCCUGGGUUUGCGCCAGGACGAAUCCAACAUUACAAGUACCGAUAAUCACAUGCCCCAAGGCAUCCAGCGUUCAAAUCAUUCUCUACGAUCGACCCCAACCCCAGGGGAUGCAGUACAUAUCUCUCAACCCCAUAGCCCUCGCGCUUGGGGAUCAAAAUGGUGAAGAAGGCAUGAAGAGUGAGGAUCAAGAAAGCGCCGAAGAGACACAAGAAAGGAAGGCGAAAGAGGCGAAGCGGAAGUUGGUGGAGAAGCUAAAGUUGCAUACCAUCACGAAGAGGAUCCCUUCGGCGAGGGACAAGGCGCUACCCAAGAUUGUUAACCAGGUGAACUGGUCUUUCGAGCUUGAGAAGACUCUACAAAAGAAUGUCGGGAGGCUAGGACCCAGACCGAAGCGAAGUCUUAGUGUUUCUGAGCGGGUGGUUGAGUCCGCCGCGACAAUGCGGAACUUUGUGCAUAUGCAGCUCCUCGACCUCUUCGCCGCAUAUGUGUUUCCAAUUAUUCAAAAGACAUUCAUCUUCUUCUUGCUGGGUCACCGAAUACUGGCGGAGAUGCUUCUCACCGUCCUGGAGUUUCGAAUCAAACCAGGAUCUGCCGCCCUGAAGGAUAUCUCAGCAACAGCACAGCAAAUUGAGAUCAGGCUUCAGCAGUUCUGUUAUUGGCCAAUGCAAUAUGUCACUUUGCGCAAACGAAAUACGAAUUGGGCAAGCAUAACAACAAGCCACCCCGACUACAUUCGCUUCUACAACAGUCUAUGGCUGGUUGCCAACGACGUAAUCAUCGGUCUUGCCCUUGGCUCUUACAUAAUUGAGCAUGCAGACUGGGUUGCUGAGCAGGUGAACGACAUUCUUCGCAAAUACACGGUGGAAGCAUUGCAAAGUAGUAUCUCUUGGCUCAUGGGCUGGCCGGCUGGCCUGAAAUUGAACGCUGAGCUUGCUACGUUCCUUGGCGAUUUGUUUCUUUGGGUGAUUGACUACUGGUCAAAUUGUGUCUAUAUGUUGAGCCCUGCCUUGCCAAAAAUCGUCUGGUUUGUUGGAUUCUCUUCAUUUGCGGGAGCCAGCAUGCCCAUUGCUUUAGUGUCCGAUUUUGUCUCAGCCUUGACCGUCCACAUCUAUUCCUUCUACCUCGCCUCAGCUCGCAUUUACCACUGGCAGCUGACUAUUCUUGUAUCCCUCUUCCAUCUUUUUCGUGGCAAGAAGCAUAAUGUUCUGCGCAACCGUAUCGACUCUUGCGACUAUGAUCUAGAUCAGCUUCUCGUGGGCACGAUUCUCUUCACAGUAUUGUUUUUUCUCCUACCCACCGUGGUCGUCUUUUAUCUUAAUUUUGCCGUCGCGAGGAUGAUCAUCAUCGCUUUGAAGGCUGUCUUCGACACCUUACUCUCCUGUUUGAACCAUUUCCCACUCUUUGCUCUGAUGCUGAGAGUCAAGGAUCCAAGACGGUUGCCAGGCGGCAUUCGCUUUGAACUUCGAAAUACCCAACAUAAUCUUAAUUCUGACCCCAGCUCACCCGAUGUACCGCGUAGAACGCCUACAUCCGUCAUCUACUUCAAGUCUAUCCCCUUACCCUUCGAGGUAAUGUUCCAACAGUAUUUCCAAAUGGCUCAACGGAUCCGAAAGCACUACUUCUCGCCACGGGUUUUGCUUUGUCUGGUGACGGGCAAGUUUGUGCCCCCUAUAGACAGGAGGAAUUUGUAUAGUUUGCAAUACAGCAUGCUCCCAGCAAGGAGGGCAACGGUUGGGGAAAUGUGGAGGGCAGUCAGUGUUGAACUACCACAGACACAAAAGAAAUCUGCACAGAGGCCCUUCAAUCCGUCAAUACAAAACUGGGGGAAACGGGCAGGAAACGGCAGAGCUAGAGCAAACCACUAA